AUGGCAAGGGCCAUGGAAGGCAUUACCUACCAGGAUGCCUCUACUUACCAUCGAGACGUGCGUGAGGCAGCAUUGGAGUUCAAGCAGCAUGCUCAUGAUGACAUGGAAGACGGUGAAGUUGAAGAUGAUAUCGGCGGGGCAAGCCCAAAGCGAUUGGAGCUCGCGUCUCACUUUGAGUCGACGAUGGUGCUGGAUAGGGUGAGGCGGGAGGCCAAAGCAAAUGCGCCAAACCCGCCAAGCGAGCCGGCAGUUUUUCGGGAGAUGCGUGUGCCCGUGGGCCCGCGCAAGCUCUUGGAAGCUCACAGGCGUCGCAACAAUUCCUGGCAGGGCUACUCGCGCCGUGUUCCCAAAUCCUCCUACUACUCCGUCUACCAGGACUGGGACAAGGUCGGCGACUUCUACCGCCCCGCUCCGUCAUCCUCGAACCCCCACCGUCCUCGCUGGGCCCACACCGACCUCCACGCAGACGACGACAUGGCUGACGGCCCGUCGCCGCGGCCGUCUGGCCGCUUCUACGACCGCGGCAACAAGCGCAAGCGCAGGUACAACGACGACGAAGGUGACGACCGCCGCGACGAUCGCAGGCCCACGCGCCGCCGCGUCGAGGAGCCCAUUGUCGGCAAGCUGCGCAGGCAGCUGCUGACCAUUGCCGAGUCUCCCGCCAGGGAUGCCGAGGACGACGCGCGCGACAUUGCUCGCCUUGCCUCGGACAAUUACGAAGACGAGGAGGCCAAGGCGAGCUUCCUCCACCUGCUGCUCCAGCUCGUCACGGAGCAGCCGUUCAAGAUCCCUUUCUCCGCCGCCGUCGUUCUCUACAUCAACGACACGAAGCCCGAGCUCGUCAAGGAAAUUCUCGGCGAGACGCAGAGAAUCACGCAGGAGAAUCUGGAGGCGGGCAAUUGGAGGACUUUCAAGCUCCUGCUCCGCUUCCUGGCAUGUCUUCAAGGUCUGUUCGAAGGCGAGGGCGUUUUGUCCAUCCUGGACGAGCUUUUCAGCAGAGCCGUGGACUUGCAAGCUGCUUCCACUGAGGAUACUGUUGGCCUCGAGCUCGUCAAGAUCAUUCUCCUCACUGUUCCCUACGUCAUUUCCACCGGUGCUCCUGGCGUCCAGGAGAGCGCCACGGCCGUUCUCGAGAAGACGGGCAUCGUUGCGUCCGCCUCGCAUAUCUUGGAGGCAAUGGUCGAGCAAUUCCCGGGCGUUGCAGGAAACACCGAUGAGAGGCCGUUUGGAUACCAGAGUGUCAUCGGCUCCCUUCAGAAGCAGCUCCAGCACGAGGCCGAGAAUGGCUGGAAGCUUUCAUUCAUUCCGAAGCCCUACAAGCCCGCCAAGAGGGAGAACGGCUCCGAAGAGGACAGCAAGGAGCCUACCAAGUUCGAGUUCCCGGCCAUUACCGUUCCCUCGCCUGUCAACCCUGGGCCCCGGCCUCUAUUUCCCGAGUCGUACUUUUCCUUGUACGCCGACCAGGAUGUUGAGACUGUGCCCAAGACCACUGACGUUGCGGCGUCAUUGCUCCGCGACUCGCUCAUUGACACUAUCAACAUCCUCGACUUCAAUCGCGUAGCCGUGGCCAAGUUCUUGAUUGAGAUCGACUGCUAUUGGGCCCCGGGAACCUUCGUCAAGCGCGGCACACCCUUCGACAGGCUCAAGGAAACCGAGGAGGACACCGCCUGGAAGCCCGAGGACGUCGCAGUCGAUGCAGUCUUCUCGCAGAUGUUUACGCUUCCCACACCUGAGCACAAGCUUGUCUACUACCACGCCAUCAUCACCGAAGCCUGCAAGCUGGCCCCCGGCGCCAUUGCCCCUAGUCUUGGCCGUGCCAUUCGCUUCCUAUUCCGCCACGUUGAUGUUAUGGACAUGGAGCUUGCUUACCGCUUCAUGGAGUGGUUCGCUCAUCACCUGAGCAACUUCGACUUCCGCUGGAAGUGGGUUGAGUGGUCCGAGGAGGCCGACAUGCCUAACGUUCACCCCCGCAAAGCUUUCAUUAUCGGGGCUUUGGACAAGGAAAUCCGCCUGAGUUUUGCCAAGCGCAUUAGAGAAACCCUGCCCCAAGAGUGGCCCAACUUGGUUUCUGAGGCCAAGGAAAAGGAUACUCCGGACUUCAAGUACGAGUCCGACCAGACUCCUUACGCUCCUGAAGGCCGUGAACUUUUGGCCCUGCUCAAGAAGAAGGCGGCUGAGGACGAGAUUCAAGAGGUCAUCAACAAAAUUCACCAGCAGGCUGCAGAGCACAACGUUGCGGAUGUGCUCAUCCCUUCCACCGAUGCUUACGUCACCUGCAUCUGCUUCAUCGGAUCCAAGUCCCUUUCACACGUCCUCUCUUGCAUUGAGCGCUGUAAGGAGCGUCUCCUUGCAAUUGGGCCGGCCUCGGAGACGGCUCGCAGACAGAUCAUCACCAGCGUCGCCGAGUAUUGGAAGGAUCAGCCCGGCAUCGCCGUUAACAUCGUCGACAAGCUGCUGAACUACACCAUCCUCUCGCCUAUGGGCGUCGUCCAGUGGGCGCUUGGCGAUCGCCUCGGUGCUGGCGGCACCCUGUCUGAGAGUUGGAUCUUCGAGAUGGUAGCUGGUACCGUCGGCAAGGUCACCAACCGCGUCCGCCAAAUCGUUUCUGCCAGGCUCCAAAAGGGCCUGCCGGAGGAGCAGUUGCAACUGCUGGACGACACGCUGACCAAGGAGCGCGACGCCAUGCGGCAGCUCUUCCAGGUCAUCGACGACGUCACCACCGGCGUGUCUCAGGGCGCCGCCGACGGUUUCAUCGAGGCGGACGGCAGCAGGGGCAUGGACGAGGAGCAGGGGAAGCUGAUCAAGGCCUGGGGCGAGCGCUGGUCCCGCGUCUUCCGGAGGAAGGCGGCGGUCGAGGAGGCCAUCGUCGGCGAGGCCAUCGUCGAGGCCAAGGUCGCCGCGCUGAACGCGGCCGUCGAGGAGGAGAGGGUCGCGGCGGAGAAGGCGGCUGCUGAGGCUGAGGCGGUGGCUGCGGAGACCGCGGCGGCCGAGGCCGAGGCUGACGCGGAGGAUGCGAAUGGCACGAGCGACUUGAUGGCCGUUGAGGAGGCUGCUCCGUGA